UCCUUGGGUUUGGCGGGGUCUAUGGACGAAGCUUGUCUUUAGGGUGUGGGAUCUGCCUAGUGUGGAAGCCACACUCCGAGACUGCUCUCGAACGCUGCUGGCAGCAAUUCGGGGAGGGCAGCCGGGCUGUCCGCCUGGCCUAGCGUUGGCGCUGCCGGAAAUCUUAGAGACGGCGACGAUUGAUCAAACGGAUCCCGCUCGGGACUACAUUUCCCAGAGGACCGCAUCGAAAUAGGGCCACUUCCCUCGCUUGUGUUACUUUGGGCCUCCUGGUAAAGUGCUGUGCUAGCUCUGCUUCUCAGGAGGUCCUCAGAAGAAGGAGGAAUGGCUGCCCGCCAAGCCAAAUACAAGGAAUCAGUGAUGUUCAGGGAUGUGGCAGUAGAUUUCUCUCAGGAGGAGUGGGAAUGUUUGGACCCAACUCAGAGGGACUUGUACAGAGAUGUGAUGCUGGAGAACUACAGCAAUCUGCUGUCAAUGGGACUUUACAUACCUAAGCCUCAAGUUAUCUCCUUAUUGGAACAAGGGAAGGAGCCCUGGAUGGUUGGCAGAGAGCUGACAAGAGGUCUGUGUUCAGAUCUGGAGUCAAUGUGUGAAACCAAGUUAUUAUCUCUAAAGAAGGAAGUUUAUGAAAUAGAAUCAUGCCAGAGGGAAACAAUGGGACUUACAAAGUAUGGCUUUGAGUACUCCAAUUAUAGAGAUGUUUUGGAAUAUGGAAGUCAUCUUGAAAGACAACUGGGAUAUCAAAAUGGACAUUUCAAUCAAGAAAUAUUUACUCAUGAAUACAUGCCCACAUUUAUUCAUCAGACAUUCUUCACUCUACAUCAAAUAAUUAAUAAUGAAGAGAAACCCUAUGAAUGUAAGAAAUGUGGAAAAGUCUUUAGUCUGAAUUCACAAUUUAUUCAACAUCAGAGAAUUCAUAAUGGUGAAAAAUCUUAUGAAUGUAAGGAGUGUGGGAAGUUCUUUAGUUGUGGCUCACAUGUUACUCGACAUCUGAAAAUUCAUACUGGUGAAAAACCCUUUGAAUGUAAUGAAUGUGGAAAGGCCUUCAGUUGUAGUUCAUAUCUUUCUCAACAUCAAAGAAUUCAUACUGGUAAGAAACCCUAUGAAUGUAAGGAAUGUGGGAAGGCCUUUAGUUAUUGCUCAAAUCUUAUUGACCAUCAGAGAAUUCACACUGGUGAAAAACCCUACGAAUGUAAAGUAUGUGGGAAAGCCUUUACUAAGAGCUCACAACUUUUUCAGCAUGCAAGAAUUCAUACAGGUGAGAAACCCUAUGAAUGUAAGGAAUGUGGCAAAGCUUUUACUCAGAGCUCAAAGCUUGUUCAGCAUCAGAGAAUUCAUACUGGUGAGAAACCCUAUGAGUGCAAGGAAUGUGGCAAAGCCUUCAGUAGCGGAUCAGCACUUACUAAUCAUCAGAGAAUUCAUACUGGAGAGAAACCCUAUGAUUGUAAGGAAUGUGGCAAAGCUUUUACUCAGAGUUCACAACUUCGGCAACAUCAGAGAAUUCAUGCUGGUGAGAAACCCUUUGAAUGUUUUGAAUGUGGGAAAGCCUUCACUCAGAACUCACAACUUUUUCAACAUCAGAGAAUUCAUACAGAUGAAAAACCAUAUGAGUGUAAUGAAUGUGGAAAGGCCUUUAAUAAAUGCUCAAACCUCACUCGACAUCUGAGAAUUCAUACCGGGGAAAAGCCCUAUAACUGUAGGGAAUGUGGGAAAGCAUUUAGUAGUGGAUCAGAUCUCAUUCGUCAUCAGGGAAUUCAUACUGAUGAGUAAUAAAAGUUAAAACUUGUUUAAUUUAAACUUAAAUAUUUUAAACAAAAAAUGAUGUUUGAGAGUUACCUUUUUUCACUAUUUUUGUUUCUUAUUAUAUAUGUACAUUUUUAAUCCAAACAUAUUUCACUCUAUGUUAUGAAUUCAAAUUUCAAAUUGCCAUUUACCCCCCAACAUUGUACUAAUUGCAGAUGUUCAAUAAUUUUAAUAGUUUUUUCUUUCCCAUUAAUUUGUUCUACCUUCUGGGAGUUAACAUUAUAUUCUUCUUUGCUUGUACUUCAGGGCUACUUUUUCUGAUCUACAUAUUUGUGCUUACACCAAUAUCACACUGUUUACAUUGUGUGACCUUGUAUGGUUUAAUUCCUUGUGGAAAUUUAACUUUGUUUUUGAAGUCAGUGUUAAUCUUUUUGUUUCACAAAUUUAUGUUAUAAAACAGAAGACAAGAAACUAAAAAGCCAGUAUUGAUCAUAAUGAUACUAACCAUAGAUGACUACUCUCAAGUGGUAGAACACAUCCUACCAGACUGUCUUUAAAGAAAGUGUAGUUGUGAUAAGCAUGUCGUACCUUCACUCGCUUUUAUCAUGCCCAAAAAUAUGAUUGCCAUUUCAGUAAAUGUGAAUUAUUAUUAUUCUUAAUGACAUAUAUAAUUGCUUUUUAAAUUUACUUUAUCAUUCAUGUUGCCUUUAAAAUCUGCCAUAAUUAGUAUGACCCAAAAUUUAUCUUUGUAUGCUUGUUUUUUUUUAAUUUUAAAACAUGUAUUUUAAUUAUCCCAAUGUUAUACUAUAAAGGUAAUUAACCACUAUUAUCAAAGUGUCAUUUAUCCUUUCAGAUGUGUGUUACUUUUUAUUGAUAGAUGUGAGUGGCAUUUUGUUUCAUAUGUUUUAUUUCAUAUAUAGUAAACAUAAUUAUGUUCUGCAUUGGUUGUUGUAAGGAUUCAAUGAAUGAAUAAAUUUAAAGUAUUAGAA